UUCAGAUAGCAGUGAAGGACAGAAACCUUCACCCAAUACGACAGCGGUUCAAGACAUAUAAUAUGCAUCUAAUUGACAAGUGCAGGAAUACGAAGGAAGAGAAAGUCACCAACAUCUCUCUCACGUCAAACUUCGGAGGUAAACAAGAGGAUUUGAGCGAAGAUGAGAUGAAUAUUCUUCAGUUCCUCGAGGUAAUGACUAAGUUCGGCUAUCCGGUUCAGUCGGAAAUCAGAACGGCCGCGGAAAACAUCAUCACCACAAAGAAAAUACCUGCUGACACUGAGAAGGAUGGAAAAAAAUGGAGGAAACAAUACUUUGUAUAUUCAGAGAACAAGGUCCUCAUGAAUAUUUGUAAUAGGUUGACGGAAGAGGAAGUUUUGCAUCAUGUAUGAGCUUCUGUGUCAGGAGGAACACGAAGACUUCAAACCAGUUAGACAGCAAUUACUGAAUCUUCAAGUAAAUGUUGAUGAUUUUAAGGAAAAACAGGACUAAAAGAAACGGCAUUUUUCUACUUCGUUAUCAUACUAAUUUCAAAUAAGGUUCUAAAUCGGCUGUAUACGCACUCACUCAACAAUAUUUUUGUGUUAAUGAAGAAGAAACGCGACGAUGACCCUCGUAUUGACGGACUCUUGGACCAAGUUAGCAGGUAUCCUUUGGCUUCUCACCCUCCCGGCCUCUGCAUCAUAUUUAAUAUGGAGGAGAUGCGCGAAGGGUCCUGCUACGACCGGAGAAACGUCAAAGAAUUAUUUGAGAAUGUUUUCAAAUACGAUGUGCUCGAGGUGAACAACCCAGAUAAAGAAACAGUACAAAGUGUUAUUAGCGAACUGAAGACACCAAGAAAUCAGUUCUACGACAGCCUGGUUGUGUGGUUCAUGAGCCACGGUGACAAGACAUACUUACAGGUAAAGAAUGAUAAAAUCCAUCGACGUUUGGAUCUUAUACAACCCAUUACAGAAAUUGGUUGGUUGUUUAUGAAGCCUAAGGUCUUCUUCAUCCAAGCUUGUGCCGACAGAAGGCGAAAGGAUGUGGUAAUGCCCACUGCUACAGAAAAAUAUAAGGCGACAGCGACAGACGGCAGAUCGAUACUGGCCAAGGAUACCAGUACCAGAUGGGAAAGCACCUACGGAGAGUAUGAGGAUGUGUAUGAUAUCAAUCCUUUCGCUGAUACAAUCGUCGCCUACGCCACCAAGUGGUACCAGAAGGCUGCCAGGAAUGACAAAGGAUCCUUGUUUGUGGACACUUUGGUCGACCAGCUGAGAGAGUACGGUUGCAAGGAGCCCAUAGAGAGCGUGUUGCGACGAACCCACUACAAUGUUAACACAGUAAAGUUGAGGACAGAGGAAGGUAAACUAAGACAAGCACCUUACUUCGAGUCCUCACUCCAGAAGGUCUUCAUCUUCCCGACAAUCGACAGUCAUUAAUUCAAGGUUAACUUG